CUUCCCAGACCAGGGAUCGAACCUGUGUCCCCUGCAUAGACAGGCGGAUUCUUAUCCACUGGACCGUAAGGGAAGUCAGGUUGGCACAAGCUUUUACUAGUCCCCUGCUUGUGAGGGCCCUGGGCUGAGUGGGGCUGUCACAAGAGGAUCCUUGGGAUCCUAUUGGAUCCCUUGGAAAUGCAGUUCCGGGCCAGCUGUUGCUUUUAUGGGCUCACGACCUUGAGCAAGUGACCUUCCAGCCUGGCCUCAGCUGUGUCCUCUGUAAAAUGUCAAGGAUGGCAGGUCCGUGGCAGGUCUGGCUUGCCUUAGACUGCUGUGCCCUUGGCAGACAUCGCCAAUCAAUUGCUGCCCUCUUUCCCCCCACUGAGUUCUUCCCCUGACCUUGGGUUCUUGCCAAGGCUCAGGGCAGGCUGCACCAGUCAAUCAGCAGGGGCCUAUGAGCUGAAUGAAGGCUGCUUGCCUGCCUGGCCUCCGUGAGCUCGAGGGGUCCCUUCCACCCAUCUCUGCAGGGUUGAGAGGACCAGGGUAUCAGAGCGAGGGAUUUCUGGGGGAGUCUCCUGAGGAUGUGGGUGGUUCUGCAACCAUGAGGGCUGUGGAGGUGUGAGUCUGUCUCUUCAGCUUCCAGAGAGACCCACGUCCCUGUCUGCACAUCCCAGCACACGCUCAGCGUGGAGUGUUCGAGCAGAUUCAGGAUGCUUUCAGUCUGGAUAAUAAUAAUGGCAUUUAUUGAGCUCUUCCCGAGAGUCAGGUCCUUCCUGGGCAUCCUCUCAUUCAUCAUUCCUCAGAAGCACCCACAGCGUACCUCUCAGCAGUCUUAGGAAGAAGUCUUAACCCAUUUUAGACAUGCAGAAACCGAGAUGAAGAGCCAGUGAGUAGAGUAGGGUUAUGCACCUGCUGAGUGGCUGAGCUGGCAUCAUCCUGAUCCAGGUCUGGAAGUCCACAGCCUGGUGCUGACCAGGCAGCCUUCCUGGAGGAGGUGUCGUGAAAGGCCAGAGCCUUAAAGGUCAGUGGACUUCUGACUGGCAGAGCUAGGCCUUCUGGGCAAGGGAAGGGGUCUUUUGGGGUGGAGAGAACAGCAUGAGAAGCAGCUCAGAGGCUACAGGCAGGAGUGUUUAGGUUGCGGGACUAGGUUAUGGCUGGAGGUGACUGGAAUGUCCGUGGGGAGGGGACUGUGGUGGCCUUGGCAUUUAGACUUGGCCCUCCCAUAGUCAGGAACGAUGGCAACUCUUGGAGCAGAGGAAAUGACCCAGUCCUAAGUUUAUUUAUUUAGCACCUCCACGAACCCUGGGUGAGGUGAGCCGGUGCUUGGGGCUACCUCUGGUCAGCUGGAAACUUUAGCCUAGAUCGUUGCCUGGCACAUAGUAGGGAGGCAUCCAAGAAAUGUCUGUUGAAUGAAUCAAUGAAUGAAAAUGCUUGCCGUAUGGAAACACUCAUAGCUAGCCUCCCCAGCUGCAAGGGGGAGAGAGGCCAAGUCCCUCUCUCCAGGAAAAGCUGAACACCAGGUCUGGGGGCAAGUACCUGGGGUGGGGGCUUCCUAUCCUCCCCGACCCUGCUGCCUGUCCCCAGAGCCCUCUGAGACCUUCCCGCCUGGCUGUCCGCUCUUUUCACCGCCAGGCGUGGCAGGCAGCCCGGACCCAGCGCUUAUGGGGGGAUAAAAGAUGAAGGUUCAUGACCAUUUUUUAACUCAAUAAAGGGAGAGACAAGCUGCAGGCUGCAGGCCGGAGAUAUAAUUAGUUCGCAGCAGUGGCGCUUUCUUGAUUUAGCUUCUAAGAGAACAAGACAAGGAUGUUAUACCCAAUUAGCAGUAACAUCCAGUCGGAGCCUCAAUAGAAACCACUCUGCAAACUAUGGGGGUGAUGAGUUCCAUUCUACUGUUGGGGAAAACUGAGGCUCAGAGCGAGCCAGGGACUCUCCCAAGGUUAUGCAGCUGAAAAGAGGCCUGAGGGGGAACCAGAACCCUGAUCUGACCAUGUCUUGGACUUUCACAUUGUAGGGACCCCGCCGCAGAGCGCGCCCCGCUGCGGGCCCCCAGCUCAGCCAUGCUGGCCUGUCUGCAGAGGACCCAGAACGCCCCCGGCCAACACCUGGCCUGCCCGACCAAGAGCCUGGAGCUGCGCAAGUGCGAGACGGUGGCCAGCUCCAUGCAUUCCUCCCGCUACCCGAGCCCGGCCGAGCUCGACGCCUACGCCGAGAAGGUGGCCAACAGCCCGCUCUCCAUCAAGAUCUUCCCCACCAACAUCCGCGUGCCCCAGCACAAGCACCUCAGCCGCACGGUCAACGGCUAUGACACCAGCGGCCAGCGCUACAGCCCCUACCCGCCGCACACGGCCGGCUACCAGGGCCUGCUGGCCAUCGUCAAGGCGGCCGUGUCCUCCUCCUCCGGCGCAGCCGCGCCCACCGGGCCCGCCAAGAGCGUGCUCAAGAGCGCCGAAGGCAAGCGGACUAAGCUGUCGCCGGCCGCCGUGCAGGUGGGCGUCGCGCCCUACCCGGCGCCCAGCACGCUGGGGCCCCUGGCCUACCCCAAGCCUUUGACGUUGGCCGGGGCCGCCAAGCCCGCGGGCUACGCGGACGGCGGCCUGGAUUACCUGCUCUGGCCCCAGAAGCCGCCCCCGCCGCCGCCGCCCCCCCAGCCCCUGCGGGCCUACGGCGGCAGCGCGCUGGCCAGCAAGUCCCCCGAGGCCUGCGGGGGGCGGGCAUACGAGCGGGCCAGCGGGUCGCCCCUCAACUGCGGCGUGGGGCUGCCCGCCAGCUUCACUGUGGGCCAGUACUUCGCCACUCCCUGGAACAGCGUGCUGGUGACCCCCACCAGCGACUGCUACAACCCCGCGGCUGCGGCGGCGGCGGCAGCAGCAGCGGCGGCGGCGGCCGGGACCGAGCUGGGGCCAGGGGUGGCCCGGGAGCUGGCGGGGCCCCCGGCCGAGACCCUCUCGGGCCUGCCCAGCAAGAGCGUGUGCAACACGGCCGUGCUCAGCAGCAGCCUGCAGUCGCUGGAGUAUCUCAUCAACGACAUCCGGCCGCCCUGCAUCAAGGAGCGCAUGCUGGGCAAAGGCUACGAGACGGUGGCCGUGCCGCGGCUGCUCGACCACCAGCACGCCCACAUCCGCCUGCCGGUCUACAGAUAAGGGCGGCGG